AUGGGCUCUGCCGCCGGAGCCGAGGCGCCGGUGCACCUGCACGGCGACCUGGAGGUGUGGAUCGCGGAGGCCAGGCGCCUUCCCAACAUGGACAUCACGUCGGAGCGGAUGCGGAGCUGCUUCACCGCCUGCGUCAGCGGCGAGGGCGGGUCCAGGGGCGGCGGCAGCACCGGCAGCCGGACCAAGAAGAAGAAGCGGGUCAUCACGAGCGCCAGCUACGCCUACGUGUCCGUGUGCCUGGCGGGCGCCACGGUGGCGCAGACCCGGGUGAUCCCCAACUCCGGCGGGCCCCGGUGGGACGAGCGCUUCCGCGUCGAGGUCGCGCACGCCGCCGCCACCCUCGACCUCCACGUCAAGGACAACCACGUCUUCGGCGCCCGCCUCAUCGGCGUCGCCUCCGUGCCCGCCCGCCGCCUCGCCGCCGGCUCCCUCGUCCACGGCUGGUUCCCCGUCACCCACCACGCCCACCACCACCACGCCAGCACCUCCGCCGAGCUGCGCUUCUCCCUGCGCUACACCCCGGUGGCCCAGCAGCAGCAGCACGGCGGCAGCACCCCGCUGUGCGCCGCCGUGCCCAACGCCUACUUCCCGCUCCGGCGGGGCGGCCGCGUCACGCUCUACCAGGACGCGCACGUCGCCGACGGGCAGCUGCCCGGCAUCGAGCUCGACGGCGGCGCCACGUACAAGCACGGCCGGUGCUGGGAGGACAUCUCCCGCGCCGUCGCCGACGCGCACCACCUCGUCUACGUCGUCGGCUGGUCCAUCCACCACCCCGUCCGGCUCGUCCGGGAGCCAGCCGCCGGCGCCGGCAACACCACCGGCAGCGCCAAGACGCUCGGGGAGCUCCUCAAGGGCAAGGUCCACGAGGGCGUCCGCGUGGUCAUGCUCAUCUGGGACGACAAGACCUCCCACGACAGGUUCCUCCUCAAAACGGACGGCGUGAUGCACACCCACGACGAGGAGACGAGGAGAUUCUUCAGGCACUCGGGCGUCCACUGCGUGCUGGUUCCCCGCUACGGCAGCAGCAAGCUCAGCAUCUUCAAGCAGCACGUUGUGGGGACUCUGUUUACGCACCAUCAGAAAUGCGUGAUUGUCGAUUCGCAGGCCGCGGGAAACAACCGCAAGAUCACCGCAUUUCUCGGCGGUCUGGACCUGUGUGACGGCAGAUAUGAUACGCCUGACCAUAGGCUUUUCAAUGACCUUGACACCGUUUUUCAUAAGGAUUUUCAUAACCCUACCUUCCCUGUCAAUUCUUAUGGACCCAGACAGCCAUGGCAUGACUUACACUGCAAAGUCGAGGGCCCUGCCGCCUACGAUAUACUGACAAACUUCGAACAACGAUGGCGCAAAGCUACGAAAUGGAGAGUCAACCUUAAAAAGGUUAUUGUUUGGCAUUACGACACGUUGAUCAAGAUUAAACGGAUGCCCUGGAUUGUUUCCCCUUCUACCGAUGAGGCGAAUGCGUGCGUUUGUGACGAACAGGACCCAGAAAAUUGGCAUGUACAGAUUUUCAGGUCAAUUGAUUCAGGAUCUGUGAGGGGAUUUCCUAAACUUGUCCAGGAGGCACAGUCACAGGUUAUGUUGAAUAACGAAUCAUUUCUGUGCGCAAUGAUACCAUCAAAAACUGUGUUCAUUUACACACUUUUUUCGAUAACCGCUGUGGAUGUUUUCCCAUUUCUUCUUCAGAAUCUAGUUUGUGCCAAGAAUCUGAAAAUUGACAGGAGCAUACACAGCGCCUACGUGAAAGCCAUCAGGUGUGCACAAUACUUCAUAUACAUCGAGAACCAGUAUUUCAUUGGCUCUUCAUUCUGCUGGCAUUCACACAAAAACACAGGUGCAGAUAAUUUAAUCCCCGUUGAGCUGGCCCUGAAGAUUGCGAGCAAGAUCAAAGCGAAGCAGCGAUUUGCGGUCUACGUUGUUAUCCCAAUGUGGCCUGAAGGAAUCCCAACGACAGCAGCAGUGCAGCAGAUCCUCUUUUGGCAGGGGCAAACCAUGUCUAUGAUGUACAAGAUCAUAGCAGACGCUCUCGAGAGCCAGGGUCUCGUCGACUCCCACCCUCAAGACUAUCUGAACUUCUACUGCCUCGGGAGACGCGAGCUCGCCGCCACUCCGGAGGCGAGCUUAUGCAACGACAACUCUGCUCUGGGCAUGGCGCAGAAGCACCGGCGGUUCAUGAUCUACGUGCACUCCAAAGGGAUGGUGGUGGACGACGAGUACGUGGUGAUCGGGUCGGCCAACAUCAACCAGAGGUCCAUGGAAGGGUCCAGGGACACGGAGAUCGCCAUGGGCGCGUACCAGCCGCACCACACCUCGGCCGGAGACCGCGGCGGCCCUCCUCGCGGACAGGUGUACGGGUACAGGAUGUCGCUGUGGGCGGAGCACCUCGGCGGCAGGGCGGAGGAGUGGUUCCGGCGGCCGGAGUCGGAGGAGUGCGUGCGGCGGGUGAACGCGGCGGCGGAGGAGAACUGGCGGGCGUACGUGUCGCCGGACGACACGGCGGCAGAGACGCCGAGGGGCCACCUGAUGCGGUACCCCGUGAAGGUGGACAGGGACGGCGGCGUCGGGCCACUGCCGGGCCACGAGUGCUUCCCGGACGUCGGCGGCAAGGUCCUCGGCGCGCAGUCAUCGCUGCCCGAUGCUCUCACCACGUAA